AGCAAUAUUUGUUUUCUGUACUCAGCUCAUGAGCUCAAGUCGAAGUCAGGUCCUGACUCCUGUCCUGUGCGUAGUGUCUUGUCUUAUGUUAAAUAAAGGAACGUUUCUGGACUUCCGUGUGUCAAACCAUAACAACAAAAUAAUUAGUGUGUGUUCGUGCAACGAUCGCAAUAUACAAUUGUAUUUUAUUUGUACAAAAUAAAGUAAAUGUUAUAAUGGAGGACAAAUUGAUGCUGGAUGAUAUAUCCAGCAGUUUGAGAGAGAGGGUGUUUUUCGCCGCAAGGGAUGGAAUGUCCCUAACUCUAUACGCUUUGUUAUAUGAAAAAAAUACUGACGACAUAGAUGAUCUUCUGAACAGCGAUGUAUGCUGCGAUGGAGUAAAGUGUACUCCAUUGAUAGCAGCUUCUAGACAUGGAAGAGAAGGAGCAGUAAGAAUACUUCUAGAGAAGUUCCGUCCACCGGUUAGAUUGGAGACAGAGGGCACAGUCAAAUUUGACGAGUAUGUUAUAGAAGGUGCCACAGCUCUCUGGUGUGCAGCUGGUGCUGGCCACCUAGGCAUAGUUAAACGUUUAGUUCGAGCUGGAGCUAAUGUGAAUCACGCGACAAAGACACUAAGCACACCCCUACGAGCCGCUUGCUUUGACGGACGACUCGAUAUAGUGAAGUACCUCGUGCGACACGGGGCGGACAUACACAAAGCGAACAAGUAUAAUAAUACAUGCCUUAUGAUCGCAGCUUAUAAAGGACACCUGGAUGUGGUCCAGUUUCUUUUAGACAGCGGUGCACGUGUAGACGAAAGGGCGUUAUGCGGCGCGACGGCGCUUCACUUUGCGUCCGAGUGCGGGCACGCAGCCGUCGUGUGCGCACUCAUCGACCACAGCGCCAAGAUACUCACCAACGAAAACGGCAUGACUCCGCUGCAGUGCGCGGCCGAGCGCGCGCGCGCGUCGGUGGUGGAGAUCCUGGCGGCGCGGCCCGAGGUCACGCGCACGCAGUCCAUCGAGGCCUACGAGCUGCUGGGCGCCUCCUUCGCCAACGACAAGGAGUACUACUGCUUGAGGAUGGCCUACCAGUACCUACACAGAGCGAUGGCGAUGCGCUACGACACUCGCUACGGCAUACUCCUGAAGAAACCUGCAGAACCUAUUCCUGCCUACGAUAAUUGGAGAGAGAGCACCACUCUAGAGGACGUGGAGCGGCUGCUGGGCAACUCGCACGGGCUGCACAUGGAGGGGCUGACGGUGCGCGAGCGGCUGCUGGGCCGCGCGUGCCCCGACCUGCCGCACCCCGUCGUGUUCCGCGGCGCCGUGUUCGCGGACGAGGCGCGCUUCGACCGCUGCCUCGCGCUGUGGAAGCACGCGCUCGCGCUGCGCCACCAGAACCAGGUGUCGGUCGUUAAAGAUUUGCUGAGGUUCGCACAAGUAUUCUCACAGAUGAUUCAUAUCGGAAUCGAGCUGCCGCUCGAUCAGGUUUGUUACGUGUUGGAAGCUUGCGCGGAGGAACUUAAACGUGGUCUCUUGAGGAUGGACAAACCGCACAUGAAUCACGAUCCGGAUGCUUUGAUUGAGGAAUAUGAGAGCAACGUCCGAACGGCUCUCUACCUGGUCGCAGUGGCUGCGAGACUUCUGGAAAAUUCUGGAAACGAUGAAGAGACUAUCGGCGCGACUCACCGAGCUAUAUUCAGGCUACGAUACUCGUCGCUAAGAUCUGGCCAGACGCUAUUGCAUCUCGCAGUGGACCGACAGACACCAGUCGACGACUUCCAUACGAGCGACGUUUGCCAGUUCCCGUGCGCGCGCAGCACGCGGCUGCUGCUGGCGUGCGGCGCGCGCGUGGACGCGGCCGACGACGCGCGCCGCACGCCGCUGCACGUCGCGCUCAUCUCCUACCAGCUGCUGCCCGACGACCGGUCGCAGUGCCGCGAGGCGGUGUGCGCGUGCGUGUGCGAGCUGCUGGCGCACGGCGCGCACGUGGACGCCGUGGACGCGGCCGGCAUCACGCCGCUCGUCGCCGCCAUCGGGGGUCCGGCGGAGAGCCUGGUGCGCGCGGCGCUGAGCCCGCGCCUGUCGUGCCUGGCGGCGGCGGCGCUGGCGGCGCACGGCGCGUCCUACACGCCGGCGCACGUGCCGCGCGUGCUGCACGCCUUCCUCGCCAUGCACGGCGUCAGCCCCAGAUAGGCGCGCCCGCACCCGUAGUCCCUUAUGCGUUGCCGCGUCGUCUAAGCUGCGACUUUGCUAUAGAUUGGCCAAAUUACAGCUAAAUUUACCAAAUUUUUCUUUCGUAACGAUGGUCCAGCUUGAUUCGAAAAUUUGCCGAGUGGUCGGUGAAGUAUUUCCUAGGCCCCACGGUUAAAUUCUUGUUUACCUGCCGUUUAAGACGUUUGCCUGUCGAUUGGAUCCUCUAGUCGUUAGUGAAAAGUAUCCCGUCUCGUUAAACUUCUCACACGUACCAUGCUUUUCAAACGUAGAUUGGAAUAAAAAUUUAGUAUUAGGUCUUUAGCGAAAUGUUUCUUGUAGAUUUCUAAAUUUUUUUCUAGAUUUUUUAAAGAUGCCAUACUUUCUAGUUAACGAUAUGAUAUACUAUAUAACCUUCUAGAAUGCUACAGAAACAGGAAGUCGUCACCGGCUUAUUUUUUCGACAAGUAACUGACCAUAACUUCCUCAAGAACUUCAUGAAUUUGCGUUCGCUAUUCUUUAACUGAUUCUUUAUUAUAUAAAGUUUCUUUGAAUAUUUUUUGACUUGUGUCAUAUUAAUUUUUGUUUUAGAUAUUAUUAUUGGAUAUUUUUUUUUUAUGAAUUUAUAUCAUUUUAAAUGCGAUGAAGUACAUCGUACCGCACAAGUUUUCGAGUUUAUAAAAUAAGGGAACUACUGAUAUUGAAAUUGAAUUUAUUUACUUUCAUUUGACUGACAUGGUGUGUGUUCUUGAUUUGAUUUUUUUUUAUGUAGCCACAGAUAAUAAAUAUCUAUUAUAGAUAUUAAAAUCGCAUAAAUUUGACUGAGAAAUAGGUUAUAUUUAUUCUUGUGUUCAUAUUUCUUUAAAAAGAUUUACUCAUCCUUACCGGAGUAACGUAAGCUUUCAUAUGUAAUCGACUCAUUUAAAUACAUGAUUCGUAUUUGAUUAACAUUGAAUUAUGCAAGCUUUCUAAAGAUAUAAGAAAAAAAAAUAACUAUGGACGAUUGAAAUAUUUAAUUCCAAAGUAUGGAACCCCUUAAAUGAUUGGUCGAACACAGGGUCUGUAUGUGUUUUGAUCGAAAAUAAUAUAAACGAAGGCUCAAAUCGAAUAUUUAUUAUAUUUAGACGCUAAAUAGAGGCGAAUGAAAUGUGAUAAUUAAAUAGGUAGCGUUAGGUUAAGGGUAGAACAAUUAGGCGCCUUUGUAACUAUGACGUGAUAAAAAUAUGAAAAGGUUUAUUUUUUAUGUCAGAUCACGUGUUAACAACCUUUGGUGUAUUUUUUUUUUGUCUCUGAGGUAAGAAUCGCGCUUUGCAGAUUUUUAUCGUCUUAUUCAGGUUAAAAAUAUCACUUUUAUAAUCUGUUACAAGCGUUAUUGAUGGUACUUUUGCCAGUUAUAGAAAAUACGUUGAAUAAAGCCGUCCUUUUCUCGCUAAAAUUGUUAGAAAGGGAUGGGUGUAUAAACACAAAUCAAUGCAGAUUAAUGUUAAAUUUUAUAUAUUUAAGUUAUCUAUAAGAAAAAAAUAUAAUUUAUGCUUUGGUUAAGGAUUUGAUUGGUUUUUAUGACAAAUUGGAAUAAGCUAUUAAAAUAUUAACCUUACUUUAAACCUGGUUUAGCGGGUGUUUAGUUAAACUGAUUAUUUUUUUCUCUCUUUCUCUCUCAAUUGAUUUGACAUUCGAUAGAAGAAGAUAGCAAUGUUUAACUAAUCAACAGCUAAACGUUUAUAAUCAAAGCCGUAAUAUAUAUUAUUCAUUUAAAUUGACCACAGACAAUAGAAGAAUAUUCAAUUGACAUAUUUUUUUAUUAUAUAAAUGAUAUUUUUCUAAAAAAAAUCGUUUAUUUAAAUAAAUGAACUCGUUUUGAUUUGUAUAAAAAGUUACUCCUUUGUAAAUCGUUGUUUGGAUUUAAGUAGUUAGAUUAAAAAUAUUAUAUUAAUUUAAUUAAUAAUAUAUUUUAAUUUUUGUUUUAUAAUUAAUAUGUUAUAGGUCGAACUAGUCAUUAUUUUAAUUAUAUUAUUAUUUUAAAUAACUAUUUAGUAUGAAUAAGGUCAAACUUUUCGCACUCUUCAAUAUUGACAAACUCGGUUUUUACUUGUCCGUUAGCGCAAAUGGAUGUGGACUCAGACAUGUUUCGACAUGGUUCAUCUAUGUGAUCGUACUCGACCGUAAC